AAAAAAAAACUUAAAUCCUUGUGUGUAAACCUUGUUUCCUCAUCCCCAAAAAAAGAAGACUGGAGGCGGUAAUCACUGCCAAAGCGGCUUCAACUAAGUCCUGACUAAAGGAUACUGGGUCAGCAAUGACGCCUUAUGGGAGAAUGUGAAGAAUGUGGCAGCUAUGCCCACUUAGUAAGAAAAGAGGACGAGGACGGAGGAAUUUGGAGGACAAACCUGUUUGGUUCCCUGAAGGGCACAGCACACUCCUCCCCGCUUCGGAGACCUGGGCUUGGCUCUUCUGUGUAGAGCUCAUCUUCAGUCAGGUACACACCUGAGUCACAUCUACCUGACAGCUCUGGACGCAGGUAUUACAGACACGCCUGGGAUUGGGAUUUGCUUGGGAAGACCUAGGUCGGAAUUUUAAGAUACACACUGGUCUUGGAGAACCUUACAGCACAGGAAAGAUGAGUACCUCAGAAGCGGACAGAAAGAACAUCCUACGACAGAUGAAAGUGCGCACAACAUAUAAGAAGGACAAGAGCUGGAUACAUCAACAAAAUUCAGAAGAUGAAAGAGAGGAAAACCAGAUAUCUCCACAACGGAAGUCUUUUGACGGCAACAAGUUCCUUUGGUCUCCAACCCCGGAUUCAAAGACUGAAAGGAAUUCAGGAACAUUUACAGCUAGAGAGGUCAUUACUUCUUCAUCUCCACCAAUGCAUUCAAGCAACAGGCAUUUUUCCUAUAGUCCAAAUGAAACGAACAAAUCAUCUUCUACAACAUCUCAGGCCUCCCCACCACAGUCAACCACUGGUGCCAAGGUGACUCCUUCAUACAUUAUAAGGGGUCAGCCAUUUAAUGCCGUCUCACAAGUAAAGAACCCCCCUUCUUUCAAUGGAUACCAAAAGAGUUACAGCUCCAUCCAACCUCGAACAUCCACCAGCCUACCAAGAGUCCCCAACGCUACAGGACACAAGAUGUCCACGGAGGAAUACAAGAAACUGGCACCAUAUAAUGUAAGGAGCAGAUCAGCAGAUUUCUCAGAUGAUGAGGUAGAGGAGCAACCUAUUGAUACUGAACAGACCAACAGGAUAAUGAAAAGCACACCCCAGAGGGACCGCUCCUAUGUCUUAUCUGCAGCUAAAAGAACCAAUGGGAGUAGUCCACAGGAAGCCCCAUCACCUCUUAUAGCAAAAAAAGUCCAAAUACAAGAAGAAGAAACCAGUCCAAACCAGAAGAGUCAAACUCUCCCUAAAACUCUGUCUUCUUACCUAUAUGAUGAUCACAAGAAAGUGCCAAUACAAGAAGAAGAAACCAGUCCAAACCAGAAGAGUCAAACUCUCCCUAAAACUCUGUCUUCUUACCUAUAUGAUGAUCACAAGAAGAUAGAAAACAACUUGAAAGAAACACCAUCAAAGGAAACCACUUCCCAGACAUCUUCACGGACAAAUUCCCAGACAGCCCCCUCUGGAACAAUAACUGAUGGAAGCAGCGGCCUACAGUUAACCUCUUAUUCUACAAGCAAUGUUGUGGAGAGCAAGAGCUCAGCAAUAAAGCCUGGACCUGCGAGGAUCACAGUGGUCAGAGAUGAAAGGAGCAACAAUGACGAAAAUGUUUCCAAACCUUCAGGCGAAAGACAACUGGCUACAAGUCCAAUGACUACAAGAAAGGAAAGGGUGGAAAUCACGAAGAAGAGCGAUGCUCUCCCAGAAUCCCUUGCUUCUUAUCUGUAUGAUGAUGCUACUAGGCUUGAGAAAAACUGGAAAACAAAUCAAGCUACAAAGUCAACAUCUCAGACAGUAUCUACCAGCAUCAACAAUGAAAAAACUGUAUCCAGACCUGUAGCGGAAAUACAGCCCCCUACAAGUCCAAUGACUACAAGAAAGGAAAGCAACAACAGUGAAAAAUAUGUUUCCAAGCCUACAGCAGAAGUACAGCUCUCUACAAGUCCGAUGACUACAAGAAAGGAAAGGGUGGAGACCACAAAGAAGAGCGACACUCUCCCAGAAUCCCUGGCUUCUUAUCUGUAUGAUGAUGUUCACAGGUAUGAGAGAGGCUGGAAAUCAAGUCAACCUACACAGUCAACAUCGCAGACAGUAACUACCAGGGAAACAGACAAUCCAGACAGCCUUAAACUGACCUCAUGGAGCCAUAACACAGACAGCAAAAUUGCAACCAUCAAGCCCGAUCCAGGAAAGAUUACAGUCUUUCGUGGCGAAAGGGAAACAAAUGAUCUUAGCAUCCCAAGACUUACCUCCAGUAAUGCAGAGACCAAAAGCCCCAUUAUAAACUCAGAACCUGGGAGGAUCACAGUCUUUACAGAAGAAAGUUACGACACUUCACCAAAAGCUUCAGUGCAAAGCAGCUCUACAGCAAACACAGCUGAAAGUUAUGACACUUACAAAGACUUACCGAAGGCUUCAGUGCAAAGCAGCUCCACCACCAGAACUACUGAAAGUUAUGACACUUACAAAGACUUACCGAAGGCUUCAGUGCAAAGCAGCUCCACCACCAGAACUACUGAAAGCAGCAAAAAUGCACCAGAUACCUUGAAACUAACAUCAACAUCACUGGCCUCAAAUGUCUCAGACAGCACCCAGUCCUGGGCACAAACCGGACCUGGAAAGGUCACUAUCCUUGAAGACAAAAGUCCCAUAGAUGACAGUAAAGUAACCAGCAAAUCAUCUGAAAUAACAUCUACAACAACAUACCCUAAAAUCACCAUAGAGACUCUAACAGACAGCACAGCCCCUAAAGCGGCACCCAGAAUGGAAACAAAGCCAAAAGAAGCUGCACCAGUCAAAGCAAGUUACAACCAGCAAGAUCUGAUCAGUUGGUCUGAUCUGGAUAACAAUACAAAAACCAGACCCAGUCAGCCAACAAAGUCUGGUGUUAUCACCACAGAGGAAGAGACAAGAGACAAUAAGGCCAGAUACCGAGUAACUGAGAGCCUUGAUGAUCCAGAAUUUAAUGUCAUCAAUAAUCAAUCAGCUUCUGGAAGCAAACGAGUGACUAUUGUAGAGACGCCAUCUGAGCGCCCUAGAACCCCAGAGCCGAGAAGCAGCUCCCCAAGGCCAACUCCACGUCCUCGAGAAUCCAUCAAGACUGCAGUUACAGAGUCCAGAUACAGAGUUCCAGAUACUCUUGAAGACACAAUGCUAGAAGCAAGUCCAUCCAGAUCCGGCUCUCGUACAACAGUUACCACCACUCGCUCCGCAGACCCCGUGUAUACAGAAUAUAUGGAAGGCCCCGACAGCAGAUCUACACGAACUGUAUCCAGCUCCAGAGAAACCAUCACAACUACAACCGAGGAGAGGCGACAAGGUCAAUCCUCUUAUGCUGAAGCCAGCCAGUACGACCCUCAGGCAUCCAACAGUAAAGGAGUACUAUUUUUAAAGGAGUAUGUGAACUCAAGAGAGAGUCUGAAAUCUCCAAGCUCCACCGGAAGCGUUCCAGAUUUCUCAGACGAUUCAGAAAGGCUAUCCUACAGCACAAGUUCCAGUUAUCUGUAUAGCAGCCCACCAGAGAGGUCUGAUGAAGGUCCCUGCUCUUACUGUGGUCGCCCAAUCAAAGACUGUCCGAAGAUCAUUCUAGAGCAUCUUAAUAUCCACUGCCAUGAAUACUGCUUCAAGUGUGGGAUUUGCAAUAAGCCUAUGGGAGAUCUGGUGGACAGCCUCUUCAUUCACCGUGAUGUAGUACACUGUGAGAGUUGUUAUGAGAAGCUCUUCUAGUAAGUACAAUAUCUUUAAAAAGAAGAUGAUGUUGGAGACAUAUGAACAUUUAUUAGAUUUACAGACACUUUUCAUUGGUCAGAGAUGACCUGAUUAUCAUAUACAAAGUAUUUUACUACUUCUUUUCCGUUCGCCUAUAACCUUCAAGAUAUGAAUUAUACACUCAGCAUAGCCAUCCCCCUGUUCUUCAGUAUCAUGUGAGGUCUUUAUAACUCUGCGUAUUGGGGAUGAUCCAAUCCUAUUUUAAAAUCUGCCAAACUAGCUCUUCGAUAUAUAUCAUAGAGACAUGUGAGAAGAUCUGUGAUCAGAAUGAAAGGGCGCUAUUAAAUUCUACGCAAUGGGCGUACAAGUCAGCGACAGUAAUGCUUGUAAUAUGGCUUUCACCGUUUUAGUAGUAGUAGUUGCCAAGGGUUCUACGAAGGCUUUUCGUUCACAUGUAUCUGUGAUAGAUCAAAAGAUCAUUGACUGGGGGUCUUCUUUAAAGUGAGAGUUUGCUGACAUCUGCAUUUUGUGAUUUUUCCCUUCUGUUCCAUUGCUCUCACUGCCUACAUAGAACAUGAACAAUGUUACAACCAUAGACAUUAUAAUGAUUAUUAAACAAAUAUCACCGGAGCUUCCGAAAAUUAUCUUUCCAUGUUACAGCAUAGCAUGCAGUGUUAUAAUAAGAAAGGUUCUUGUAUAAAGUCCUUUACAGCUGGGACUACGUGUAUGUCCCAUAAGAACAUCUUAAUAGCCCCAUACUGUAUCCAAGUUACGCUCUCCGAACUUCUCCCCUGUGAAUAAAGGCAGAAAUGCAAGACAUAAGCUAAACCAAAGCCCACUAUGGCCCAAGGUACCAAUAGAGUAUUGCUGUUUUAAUACCAGGCCUAUCUAGUACCCUUGCUGAAUGUAUGGAUUGGUCCAUAAGGUCUCCAUUGAAAAGCUUUUAAUGCCGAUGGAGUAAAACAUUGGGCUAUUGAUACCCAAGGCCUAUCAGCCCAUAAUCAUGUUCUUCUAUAGACUUGAUUUUCACAUAUAUUAUGGCGCUGUUCACACCAUCACCUAAGCCCCCAGUGCCAUUUCUAUCACAUUUCAUGGCAAGAAGAGCACAAGUAUGUACCACUCUAGCCAUGACAGAAUAAGGUCACUAUUGGGAUCUGUCAUACAACAGAUUCAGCAUUAAUGGAAACUUAUUUUGGUGGGAAACAGUCUUGUUCGCAUUGUAAAAAAAAAAAAAAAAAAAAAUGAAGUUGUGAGAUGAAGGCUUCAUUGGACAUAUAGCUUUACAUGGUGUCCCCAUUGGUACAACAAAGCUGAGAAGACUCCGGAUGCCACCAGAUUGAGUAACAAUUCUUCAAAUGGAGAAAUACUGUUCCAAACUAUGUCAUCUGAUGGAGAACAUCACAGUUCUUUCUCUACUGGAUUCAUGCAGAAUCCAACAAAACAAACAGGCAUGCCCCCAUAUGAAAUCAGAGGUAUAUGGCGGUACAGCAAAGCCUAUAUAAAUCUAUAGGGCCCUAUAGGGCUCUGUAUAUCUCAGAGGUUGCAUGGGGCCUACACGUAAGAAGCCUAAGGCUGCUUUCACACUAUAAAAUUCAUCCGUUUUAAAGAUCUGUUUGAUGU